GUCCUGAAACGUCACCAAGCCCCGCCCAUUGAGGCGGGACCGCGGACGGAGCGGGUGUGCGUCAGUCACUGCGUCAUACAUGCACACAAACCAAAUCCAAGACCGCUUUUCCUUCUGCAAAGAUAUUAGGACAGAAAUUCAUAUUUGUGAACACUGUCUUCUCAAGCUAUAACUCAGAGUGGAACAGUUAUAGAUAAGCUAUGUCUAUAGGAACAGUAACCGAACUUGCAAACAACGUAGUGGACAAAAAGGUAUUUCUAGUACCGUAGACUAACGUUAGUAAGAAAGUUUCAAAAAUGGACAGUAACCUAAUGUAUGUUCCCCACAACCACUCAAACAUGCUCUUUUGAAGCAGCAGCACCAGAAAGCACAGGGAGGCAUUUCUUCUGUGAAAACUAGGUCUCAACGCAGGGAUGGCUCCACGGAUGGAUGAUGUCAUGCGUCUGUGCUGUGAAUUAUCAGCUCACGAUCAGAUCAAGGUGGCCGUGAAAAGCUCCACCAAAGGGGCCAUGGUGGCAGGAGGAACUGCCUUCGUGGGCGGGCUGCUCGGUGGACCUCCAGGCAUCGCUGUUGGAGGAGCAGUAGGCGGUCUGCUGGGCAGCUGGCUGACCAGCGGCCAGUUCCGUCCUCUGCCUCAGAUCCUGAUGGAGAUGCCCCCCGCCCAGCAACAGAAGCUCUACGACCACAUCCAGACCGUCCUGGGGAACCUGAACUGGAUGGACGCGGCCCAGCUCAUCGCCCUGGUGAUGGGCAACGCCACUCUGCAGCAGCAGGUCACCGCCGCGCUGGUCAGCUACAUCACACAGGAACUCAAAGCAGAGGUGCGCUAUCAAGACUGAGUUCUAGUCCCACACAGACUUUUUUUCAGGAUGGUCAGGCCUGCCAAACACAACCAGAGUCCUCUGCAAAAGGUUUUUGUACUUCAUUGGAAAAAUGGAAUCAUGGAUGGUUUAUUUUCUCAACUGGGGCAAAUGGAGAAGUUAUCCUUUACUAUUUUGUAGUGUCUAACAACAGAGGUGGAAAGUAAC